AUGACCGUCAACAAGUUCGUCCGCUCCAUUGGAUUUCAAGUCUCCGAUUUUGACCCGUGUCUUUAUCUCAAGAUUACAUGUGGCGAGUGCGUGCUUUUGCUGGUAUACGUCGAUGAUGUGUUGGUGACUGGCAGCUCAACCGAACUGAUUAUGCGCACCAAGAGUGACUUAAAGGCGCGUUUCGAAAUGACAGAGAGUGGGAAGUGCGCAUUCGUGUUGGGCAUCGAGCUGGUGGACAACGACAACGGUAGCGUGACGAUGUGCCAGCGACGCUACGUGGAAGAUGUUCUCAAGCGUUUUGGCAUGAGCGACUGCAAAGCCGUCACCAGCCCAACAGACAUCAGUUCUCGACUCAUACCAAGUACCGCAGCAACUAAAAUCGACGCCCCGUUUCGUGAAGCAGUAGGCGCUCUGAUGCACUUGAUGACCGCGACACGACCGGGCAUUGCCUUUGCUGUGAGUUACGUUUCGCGCUUCAUGGAGAACCCCCAAGUCGAGCAUUGGAUGGCGGUCAAGCGCAUUUUGCGAUACUUACAAGGGACUAAGUCGCACGACUGGGCCGGCGACCAUGCAGACCGCAAGUCGACUUCAGGAUAUGCGUUUAUCCUGAUGGGUGCUCCGGUGAGCUGGGGAAGCAAAAAGCAGUCAAGUGUGUCGCUGUCAACAAGUGAAGCUGAGUACAUUGCACUAAGUCUGGCGAUUCAAGAAGGCAAGUGGGUGCAUCGAUUGCUGUGCGAGAUUCUGGAUGCCGUAGAGGACAAGUCUGGACCCGAGCUCAAGAUCAUGGAAGACAACCAGUCGUGCAUCAAGAUGACGAAGAAUCCUGUCAACCAUGGUCGUGCCAAGCACAUCGACAUCAAGUACCAUCACAUUCGUGAUGAGGUCAAGCGUGGUGAUGUCAAGUUGGAGUACUGCGAGACUAAGAUUAUGUUGGCGGACAUCAUGACGAAGGGACUGACAGGACCGCGUCACAAGGACUUGACGGCAGCGCUCGGCAUACACGCGUGUUCGCAUUGA